AUGAUAACUCAGAGAGGGGUAGAAGCUAACCUGGAGAAGUGCCAGGCAAUACUCCAGAUGAAGAGCCCGGGUUGCAUAAAAGACGUCCAGAGGUUGGCAGGACGGUUGACCUCGUUAUCCCGAUUUCUCGGAGCUUCGGCAACAAAGGCCCUACCAUUCUUUAACCUCAUGAAGAAAGGGAUGGCGUUUGAGUGGACGCCCGCAUGUGAAGAGGCCUUUCGGCACUUCAAGGAGAUCCUGGCGGCACCACCCGUCCUCGGGAAGCCGAAGGACGGGGAACCACUAUACCUGUACCUCGCCAUAACAGGUGAAGCCCUGGCCGCAGUUCUGGUACGGGAGGACGGAAAAGCUCAACAGCCAGUCUAUUUCAUAAGCAGGGCCUUGCAAGGGGCAGAAUUAAGGUAUAGCAAGUUGGAAAAACUGGCCUUAGCACUUCUAACUUCCUCACGGAGGUUAAAGCAGUACUUCCAGAGUCACCAAGUUGUCAUCAGAACGGACCAAGGGAUCCGACAAGUACUCCAAAAACCCGACCUGGCGGGAAGAAUGAUGACUUGGUCCAUCGAACUCUCCCAGUAUGACAUACGAUACGAACCCCGGCAAGCCAUCAAGGCGCAGGCGAUGGCGGAUUUUCUAGUAGAAGUAACGGGAGAUCCAAACGAAGAGGUGAGUACACGGUGGAAGCUCCAUGUGGACGGAGCCUCCAACCAGACCUUCGGAGGUGCCGGGAUCAUCCUGGAAAGCCCGAUUGGGGUUGUGUACGAACAGUCGGUCAGAUUCGAGUUUCCCAUCUCGAACAACCAGGCAGAAUAUGAAGCCCUUAUAGGAGGCUUAACCCUAGCAGCAGAAGUCGGUGCAAGAAGACUAGAAAUAUGCAGCGACUCCCAAGUCGUCACCUCCCAAGUAAACGGCAGCUACCAAGCCAAAGACCCUUUGCUACAGAAGUACUUGGAGAAGGUUAAGAGCUUGAGCCAAAAGUUCGAAGAGGUCACGGUCCACCACGUACCUAGAGAAAGGAACACACGGGCAGACCUCUUAUCAAAGUUAGCCAGCACAAAGCCAGGAGAAGGGAACCGGUCUCUCAUCCAAGAACACGGCAAAUUCCCUAGUGAUGAAAAGGAUGCGGCGAAAUUGAGAAGGGAAGCGGCCAAAUACGCCGUCAUCCAAGGACAGUUAUUCAGGAAAGGGCUCAACCAACCCCUACUGAAGUGCCUACACCCCGAUCAGACGGACUACGUCCUCAGGGAAGUCCACGAGGACUGCUGUGGGCACCACAUCGGAGGCAAGGCCCUAGCGAGGAAACUGAUCCGGGCCGGAUACUAUUGGCCUUCGAUGAUGGCGGACUCCAAAGAGUUUGUCAAAAAAUGCGUGAUAACUAGAUUCGGGAUACCGGAGGUCGUCAUCUCGGACAACGGCACGCAAUUUACUGACAAAAAGUUCACGGAAUUCCUCAACGGCCUGGGCGUAAAGCAAAGGUUCUCUUCGGUGGAACACCCUCAGACGAACGGACAAGUGGAGUCCGCCAACAAGAUCAUCCUUUCAGGGCUAAAAAAGAGGCUGGACAAUAAAAAGGGUGCUUGGGCCGACGAACUAGGGUCGGUUCUCUGGUCCUACCGAACAACUGAACAAUCCUCCACUAAGGAAACUCCUUUCCGGUUAACGUACGGGGUGGACGCGGUAAUACCCGUAGAGAUCGGUGAACCGAGUCCACGGUUACUUUUGAAAGGAGUGGAAGAAACCGUGGAAAAAGACCUGAUAGAUGAAGCCAGGGAAAUAGCCCAUUUGACAGAAACAGCAUUAAAACAAAGAAUGGCUCUGCGCUACAACACCAAAGUGCUCAAGAGGGAAUUCGAGCCAAACGACCUCGUCCUGAGGCGAAACGAUAUCGGCCUACCAACCCCCGGAGAAGGCAAGCUAGCGGCGAACUGGGAAGGCCCCUACAGAGUCAAAAAAGUGAUGGGAAAAGGAGCCUUCAAGUUAGAAAGGCUUGACGGCAAAGAAGUCCCGAGAACAUGGAACGCAGACAACCUAAGAAGAUUCUACUCCUAG